AUGUUGCAGGGUUUGACAGCGUUGCAUUUAGCCGUUUCGCAGCCAGAAUUCCAAGCGGACAUAUUGCGAUUGCUGCUGAAAUCUGGAGCGGAUCUGACCCUAAAAACACCCGAGACUGGAUCGACAGUGUUCCAUCUGGCAGUCGAGAAAGAAUGUGGUGAUCAGAUCCUGCGAAUAAUCGCCGAAGAAAGAGGAAAACCACUUCCCUUAUCGGUAACGGAUGCGAACGACGAGACACCGUUUGCGAAAGCGUUGCUGAAUGGAUUCGUGGAAGCACCGAGAAUCCUGUUGAGAGCCGGAGGAGCCGAUGUGAACGAGGUGGAUCGUAACGGAGUGCCGUUGUUGCUGAGGGCAAUCGCCAAGAAACACGACAACGCGGCCGUCUUUCUGCUCAAAAAUGGUGCUGAUCCUACAGUUAGAAUGCCUGAGAGUAAGAAUUGUUUGGAAUUGGCCGUUGAAUGUGGUCUAUUGGAGACAGUUCGAUGCUUAUGCAAAUCGGGUGCGAAUCUGGAUUGGCGAGAUCCGCUCACUGGCUUACCACCGUUGUGGAGUGCCGUAAGUCAAGCAGCGAGCGAAUUGAUUUGUUUGAUUCGAUGGUUUGAAAUUUUGUGUUGGUGGAAAAUUUUGGAUUCAUUUAUAGGUUCAUUUGACGUGGCUGCAGUUUUGGUGGAGCAUGGAUGUGAUACCAAUGGAUGGGCGUACAGUGACGACCGUACCUAUACACAAACAUUACUGCAUCGUGCAAUCGACUUGAAUCUAACAGACGCAGCGAUUUUCUUGAUUCAGAAGGAUCGAUACGGGGCCAGUGCGCUCGGAUUGGCCAUGCAGAAACGUUACAAUCAAGCCGCUGAAGCAAUCGUACAGAAGGCACCUCAUGCUGUGAUGCAGAAAAGCGAUUCUUUUGAUCUUUCAUUUCGACGAUCAAUCAAAUUUUUCAUUGUGCAUUCAUUACAGAUGAACGGAAGCGGUGAGAAUCUGCUUCAUAGUGCCGUACGAAGUGGUGACUUGGAAUCGGUGUUGUUUCUGUUGGCACUUCAGAUUGACGUGAAUGUUUUGACACAAGACGCAUCCAGAGUUACGGCUCUACAUCUGUGCGCACAAACUGGUAGCGAAAUGAUUUUGAGGAAUUUGAUAUUAGCCGGUGCUGAGGUGAACGCAACAUCAGCAAAAGGCUUCACACCGUUGCACGUGGCAGCUUACAAUAAUCACGAAGCGUUGUGUGUAAUCUUAAUGGAGAACGGCGCAUUCCCGAAUCUAAUCGACCAAGAGGGAAAUACCCCGCUACAUGCAGCCGUUCUUCAGGGAAGCGUCUCGGCCGUCAAUGUGCUGCUGGGCAAUCCUGAGGUGAAUGCUCGAGCCAUCAACAAAAGACAGCAAACACCGUUGAUAUUGGCUGCUGGCACGACGGCCGCAUCGAAUUCCUUGGAUAUCCUUCAGAUGUUCUUAAGUCACGAUCCUGAAUAUCCCAUUGACGCUCCGGAUUCGAACGGAAAUACACUAUUCUUAUUGGCUUAUAUGAAUGGCAAUUCGGAGCUUUGUAAAGCGGUGCUUCGCUAUGGUGUUUGUAUGGGCGUAACGAACAACUUUGGUGUGUCGAGAAAACAAUUCAAAUAUGGUCACAUUUUACUGGAUAUUUAUAUUGUUGUUUUCGUUUCAGAUAGUCUAGAAAGAGAGCCAAGAUGGGCUGAUGGUGAUACGUGUUCAGAAUGUGGUAAUAAAUUCACGUUAACAAUGCGAAAACAUCAUUGCAGGUAA